UGAAAUGAGGUGGAGCACUGAACCGGAAACUUCCCGCUCUCCACUUUCAUUUUGGCAACCUGAAGACAUUUUGGCCAGUCUACAAGCUUUGGACACUACCAAACAAGAUAAACUUUCAAAAUUGUUCUUUCUGAGCUUUUUAAAAACAACGAGUUUGCUGCUUUACGUCACUGUUUGAACCUUGGAGUCCACCUGCUUUUAAAACGGAAGCGGAAAUGUACGGUGUGUGUCUGUAGGUAAGGAAGAGGAGUUAUAUUUUCAUCUUAACUGCAGACACACCCACAAAAAAAACAUGGAUAGAUUUAAAGUUAUGCUGUUGGAAAUAUCCCAAAAGCUUGGCCAUGACAAUUUAGCGAAACUAAAAUUUCUGUGUGGAAACAUUAUUGGGAAGAAGAAAAGCGAGGAGAUCACCAGCGGCAUUCAUCUGUUUGAUUGUCUGAUAGAGAGAGCAGAGAUCGGGCCUAAUAACACGGAACCUUUACGGAAGCUUCUCGCUGACAUUGGCCAACAAGCUUUACUGGAAAUAAUCGACAGCUAUGAAGGACAACCGAGCGCCACCGAUUUGCCGGAUGAAGCGGAACUAGGAAAAAUCAACUGUGCAACAGAAGUAAUCGUUGAGCAGCUGGGAAGGAAGUGGCUUCAAUAUGGACGGAAACUGGGAAUCACCGAGGCCAAGCUGGAAGGCAUACAAGAGAAACACCCUCGCAACCUGGAAGAACAAGUGAGAGAACUGUUCAAAGAGUGGAAGAAGAUACGCAAAGAGGAGGCCAAAGUGGACGAGCUGAUCAGGGCACUCCGUGCCUGCGACCUGAACUACACGGCUGAUGUUGUGGAAAGAAAACUCCAGAAUGCUAAUAUGUCAUGAAAAUUGAACAUGUACGUGUGCUAGCGAUAAUUUGUCUUGCAGUUCUUUGUGCCAAAUAUAAUGCUGAAAGCACUUUGACCUUAAAUUUACAUUUGAGACGCUUUAUAUUUUUCUUUGGGAUUCCUUUCUUGAAAACUUCACUCAGUCUUAAAGCUUUGCUCAGGUGGACAGGAAUAUUCAUGUGUUGUGCUGGUUAGUAAACUGUGAAUCCAUGCUGUUUACAAAAAAAUGGUACUUUUAUGAUUUUUUUAAACCACUGGAAUAUUAUAAAUUAGGCUGAGAUUCAAAUGUAGUAUAUAAUUAUAAUAUAAUAAGACACUCAAGAAAAGUAAUUAUCACUAAAUGUUAUAGCCUCACUCUGUGACAUUUUUUACUUUUGAUUGGAAAUUGAUUAGAAAAUGACAGCAUUGUUCCAAAAGAAUUGAAUUUCUUGUUAUGUAUCACAACUGGAUGUAAAUAAAGGGAAUAAUUUUAUUAA